AUGCAGGAAGUUGAGAACACGUUUCGUACCCUUCACGAGGCCUUGGGAAAGGCGGUGAAUUUUUUUGCGACAGGUGCCAUGUCAAAUGGAGUUCCGCUCACGCAGCAGCAAGCCGUGGACGUAUUAGACGUGUACGACACGUUGCUCGACGCGGAAGAGACGGGGUCGCAGGAUGCCCGACUUCACAUUUUGCGUCGCUCGCUUCAAUGUGGAUUCAUGCGAUUUCUUGCAGAUAUCGUCGCUCAACCGUUACAGCACUUGCACGAGUUUGAUGCGCAGGUGCCACAGCCAUUUCUACCGUUCCGAAUGAAAGCUGUCAGGUCCCUCCAGCGCCUCUUAUUGUCCUGCAGUGACCUGGGGGAGGUGAGUGCGUCAUGCUUUCGUGUUGCGGUGGAUGAGGAACUCAUACCGCAACUCCUGCAAGUCGUGUCAGAGUCGCCGCAUGAGCCGUUGCGACUGGGUGCGGCAGAAACGCUUUUUAUUUUUAUUCUGCGCAUACAACACGGGCCGACAGGGUUUGUGGCCUCCAGUGGCAUCAACACCAUGCGCUGUGCGUUAAUGCGUGACGGCAGCCACAUGGUUCGAAGCAUGUGCGCAAGCAUCCUGCGGGAAGUGCUGAACACCCAUGCCUUGGAGUUCACUAACCCCGUUACGGUGUCAGCUCUUAUAAAGAUCCUAGGGGAUACGUCUGCGGAUGUGCGAACGCUCGCCGCCGAGAUCUUGGAACAGACAUUGCGUCUUUACAAAAGCGACAUGGCAUACAUGUUGCAUGAUGCUCGAAGUCUCUUGUUGCCGCUACGGUGCAUUUUGGAUCAGGACCCCAGCGUGGAGGUGGUGGAGUCGGCUGCUCGUCUUUUGGGAACAUGCUGCGGGGUGGCUGUGAGGAUGCACCUGCACGCGUUUUUUGCAGCCGUCGUGUCUUUGAACCUUUCAAAAGUUGUGCUGCUGCGAAUACGUGACGGGGGUAACGCCGCUGCUGCACGCGCCCGAAGCCUACGUCUAUUGAUUCAAUACACACCCGCCGUGUACGAGCUUCCGCGGCAGAUAUUGCACGACACAGAGGUGCUUGCGGUGCUACUGAAGGGAAUUGUGGAUGCGGGGCGUGGUCGCACCACCCCUGGGGAGGACUUUACUGCCUUUCAAAUCAAGGGGCUAGAGAUGGCGCUCUGCCUUGCCAUAGUCCUGACGCAGUCCCCAACCUACCGCGAGAGACUCACGGCGGAGUUGAAGGACUACCCACAGUGGGCAGCUGCCAUUAAAAAUGCCGUCAUCUCGCUUCUUAAUGCGGCUUCUCUGGAAUACUUCACCAGCAUUGAGCUGUGGGACGUUACUGGACACCAUCUCAACCUGCUGGACAGGGUUCCGUGGGACGCCAACCACACACCGCAGCAAAGGUAUAUUCGUCAGCUUUUCCAAGAGCAGGCGCAACGCAUAAGCGUGACGCGGGAGACUGUAUCGAUGGAGUAUGAGGCUCUCUCCUUUCCUCAGUCGGAUGCUUACCACGAUUUUGACGAGGUUCAACAGGAAAAGAAGGCGCGUCUGACAUUUAUCUUGCUGGCCGUUGCCACGAACAUCACAUUUCCUGUGGAGAGUCGGGUGGCAGCCACGGCUGCGGUGGAGCAGCCACUCCCUGUGCAAAGACGUUCUGAAAGUCGGGCGGCUACGGGAGUCCCGACAUGGACGCAGGCGGGUGGCAGCAAACAACGCGAGUGCGUUGUCUCACCCGAGGUGCUUGUUAGCCCCGCCAGGUUGGGGAAUGGACCCCCGAGUACGACGCUGCUAGAUGAAAAAGAAGCCGUAGCCAUUGCCUAUGACAAGUUCAACUCAUCUAUGUCGUUUGUCAUGAGGUUCACCCAACACUACAGCAAGGCGAAGCGGAAGGCGGGUGUCGUUGUGGAGACGGACGAUGGUUAUCGCCUGCGAAUGUCACGACUGAAAAAUCCCUGGCACACCAUCGUGGAGGAUCAGAGGUUAAAGACGUGGCAGGUAAAAAACUUGAAGGUGGGAGAUCUCUUUUACUUUUCAGUACCCUUUGAUGAGAUCAACGCGAAGGCCUUGGGUGCCGUCUUGUACAAGGCUCGUCGGCACAUGGUGUACCUUAAAAAGGAAUUGCUGGUAACUCCGCAGUGUAGCAAGGGCCGUCGAUGGUUUCUGUAUGACAUGAUGAGGAACAUCAUGCCUAAGGCCCUGGGUCAGCUAGAGGAGCUCAAUGCCUUUGUGCAAAGUCGCGGCGCAGACGGUGUUCGCUUUCCCAUCUUCCUCUUCCGCGAGAAGGAGCUGCACUUUGGAGAGCGGACGCUACACCCAGGCAACCUCAUGGAGGUUUUGGAUCAGAUUGGGUUUUACUUUGCACAGAGUGCUGAUAAAACGGUUGGGGUGGAUAAUGCCCGCCUGCAGCAGCUCGCCGGGAGGUUGGAUAAUGUUGAGGAGAGUGCGAGUGGGCCAGACACCCCCAACUUUAUCUGCUCUCUUAACCUGUGUGAGGGCGUUACUGCGGGGACGAAUGCUGCUCACGAGGAGGCGGAGGAUGGCGGCGGCUACGGGCAUGGGACGAUUAGCUCCGACUCGGAGGCAAACGUUUAG